AUGAGCGCCUUCCCCAGCAAACAGGCGUUGGCCCUCGACGCCGUCCGCCGGGCUCCUUUCCACUUCUUCCAAGUCGACAACUUCACUGACCUCGGCAUCAAUGGUUCGUUAGGCCUUUCCGCAGAUUUUCCAUCAAAAGUAGCAAUUUUUGACUGUUUUUGAACACUAUAAAUUUUUUUUUCUUUACUCAUGGGUUAAUUUUUCAUCUUGAAAUUUAUAGGUACAACUCAUGCGAAAUUGAAACGAUAGCUAAAUGUGCAGGACAAAAAUUUUUUUCUUUAAAAAAAGCCUCGGCAUCAAUUGAAAAAAAAACCCCCCGUUUUUUUAUAUUAUCGAAUGGUUCUUUCUCGAGUUACAAUCGGUCUAUGUAGUUUAAAAGUAAAUUUGGAGGAGAUUAUCCAAAUAAAAAAAUUAUUUCAUUCAAAAAUUGUUCUUCAUUUUUAAACUUGAUAAAUUUUUAUAUGAAUCUUUCAGAUGGAAGCGAAUUGCGGGCGCCGUCUUACUGGGGUUUCAUCAAUUCUUCCUUUCUACCAACAGUUUUUAUUUUUAUGCAGUUUUAUGGUGAGUUCAUCUUCAUUUAAUUUAUGUUUUUGUUAAUUGAAACUUCACAUUUUCGGGAAAAAAAGUUUAUUCUGUUUUUUCUUGUCAGGUACGCGGUUAACACGUUAGUAACGAUUCAUUGCUGGACAAGUUGGCAAGAAGGAAUCAAGAGGAAAAGAUUGAUAAACGUCACAACUUCUCUCAUACAUUCUACGGUCGGUUUCUUUGUCCAGAAGUUAUAUUUCGCAUAAUAAGGAUAAUUUUCAAUGAAGAAUAAAAAUAUGAUGAUUUCGUUAUCAUUUUUUUAAUCAUCUCAGUUUUUUUUUUCACUUCGAUAACUUGUCAAAUUCAAGGUUUAUAUUUAUUAAAAUGAAAAAAAACGUGAAAUAAUAUUAAUGCGAUCUGAAAAAAUUUCAAAAAGUUUCAAAUUGACUGUUUUGUGAUAUUUGGAAGAAAAAGGACCUGAAGGUACUUCUAUUAAAGUUUCAUAAAUUUGAAAAGAAGAAAAAAAUAAGUCGAAAAUUUUUAUUUCACUGUUUUUUUAAUUGAGCUUUGAGCCUGAAAAGCGGAAAAACCUUGAUCUUGUCGGUUUUCAGAUCUCGGGACUUUUCAUCUUCGCCUAUUUUUUCAUGUACACGAAGCUGGUGUUCGCCUCGCCUCUCCACUAUUAUUCCUACUUGGAUUCUCAAAUCGUCAUGCUCUCGAUUGGAUAUUUCUUCUACGACGCCUUCGACCUUCUUCUCAACGACAAGUGAGAAAUGUUUACGCAAAAAUUUUUCGGAACAUCUGCGUUUUCCUGUAAACAAAUCUGUACGCGCCGCUCUUUUUGAAUGGAGGAAAGUUAACAGAUGCUCUUUUGAAGGGCUUUAGGACAGAUGUUCUCCAGGAAAAAUAACUAUAAAUAUUUUUUUUUUUUCAGAAUAGUCCGUGAAUGAAAAAAAGCGGCGAAUAAUGGUGAAAAUAUUAAGUUUUCUAUUAACAUCAUUAUUUUUUCUUCAUUGUCAGAAAAAGCAAGUAAUUAGGGUGAAAUUUUUGGUAAAGAAUGAAUUAACAUUGAAAUAGUCGAAACGUUUCCAAUUUAAAAAAAUCUGCUCAAAUUAAAACCAAUUUUUUUGAUGUUUUUUUCUGGUUGUUUUUCAACCCAUUAUAUUAAAGCCGCUAAAUGUUUUUAAUAUAAUUUUCAUCUCCAAUUUCACUUUAAUUAAAAAUUUUCCAAUCAUCUUAAGGAACGGAAUCUUUGAAAAAAAAAAAUUUCCAACUUUUUUCAAAAGUUGUUAAUGAAAAGUAGAAAACGUUUUUCAUCUUCCAUUUUAUUUUCAGACUGUCGAUUGCGACAGGAGUGUUGCUUUUCCACCACGCGGCCUCGAUCUUGGUCCUCUCGACGGCGGUUCUUUCUCACAAGUUUCUGCUCUACGCCUACUGGGCCUUGUUGAUGGAGGUAACUUGUCAAAUCUCAACCUCUUCCAAGCAAUUAACUUGAGGUCUCAUCGGUGCUGCUCCACUCGCGCUCCCUGCUGCACUUGUCGAAGCUCUCGACGACGUCGAUGAUCGGCCUCUCGCGAGUCGUCGCCUACUUCAACAUCGUCUUCUUCGUGAUCUUCCGCUUCCUGGUGCAGGUGUUCCUCGUCGGCUGGGCCUGGGUCAACCUCGACCACAUGCACUCGUCCGUUUCUCCUUCUGAGUUCCGACCCUGAUCUUCCUCGAUUUCAGAGCUUUCGCAGCAAUCGCCCUCGUCGGCGGCCUCUGCUUCUUCGUCAUCAACGUGGGACUCUUCAUGCGGAUCCUGCACUCUGACGGCUUCUUCCUGCCUAGCGUCAUGUCUGAAGGACAGCUCGACGCCCUGCUUGAAGACAACGACUACUCGAAAGUCGGCACUUCCGAGAAGGAGGACCUCCUCGAAGUCUAA